AUGGUGGAGGCCGGUGGUGUAGUGGUGGUGGUGAGAGAAUUUGAUGCUCAAAAAGACAUUAUAGAAGUGGAACAAGUGGAGAGAGAGUGUGAGGUUGGUCCCAGUGGAAAGCUCUCACUCUUCACUGAUCUCAUGGGUGACCCCAUUUGCAGGGUCCGCCAUUCGCCUGCUCAUCUCAUGCUGGUGGCGGAGAUGGUGGUGAGCCACGGCGGAGCAGAGAUGGAGGAAAGGAGAGAAAUUGUUGGGAUGAUAAGGGGUUGCAUCAAAACCGUUACGUGUGGAAAGAAACUCUCGAGAAAUAGCAAAACCUCCCCCAUUAAACCUCCUCAAACUCUCCCUGUCUACACCAAACUUGCCUAUAUUUUAGGCCUUCGUGUGUCUCCUUCCCAUCGAAGAAUGGGAAUUGGAUUGAAACUGGUGAAAAGAAUGGAGGAAUGGUUUGGAGAAAAUGGAGCUGAAUAUUCGUAUAUAGCUACGGAAAAAGAUAAUGAAGCAUCUGUUAAGCUUUUCACACAGAAAUGUGGCUAUUCAGAGUUCCGUACGCCGUCGAUUUUAGUUCAGCCGGUGUUCGCCCACCGGGUUAGGCUCGACCGCCGAAUAACCAUCAUCAAACUCAACCCCUCUGACGCGGAGGCGCUCUACCGGUGCCGCUUCUCCACGACGGAAUUCUUCCCCCGUGACAUUGACUCCGUUUUGAACAAUAAGCUCAAUUUGGGAACUUAUCUUGCGGUGCCAAAAGGGACCUACGACGCCGAGUCGUGGAGGGGUUUGGAUGAGUUUAUGGCGAGUCCGACGGGAUCAUGGGCCGUUCUCAGUGUGUGGAACUGCAAGGACGUGUUCAAACUCGAGGUAAGAGGUGCGUCGCGUGUGAGGAAAGUGUUUUGUAAAACAACUCGGGUAGUGGAUCGGGCCUUACCCUGGCUUCAACUCCCGUCGGUGCCGGAAGUUUUCAGGCCUUUUGGGUUUCAUUUUUUGUACGGGCUUGGUGGCGACGGCCCAAAUGCAGUGAAGUUCAUUAAGGCCCUAUGUGGAUUCGCCCAUAACCUGGCUAAAGAGCGUGGGUGCGGAGUGGUGGCAACAGAGGUUUCAAGUCGCGAACCGCUCAGGUUAGGUGUACCCUACUGGAAGAGCCUAUCCUGCGCUGAGGACCAAUGGUGCAUUAAACGGUUAGGGGAAGACUACAGUGACGGGUCCGUCGGUGAUUGGGCCAAGUCACCACCUGGUCUAUCCGUUUUUGUUGAUCCUAGAGAAUUCUAA